AUGCUGCAAACCCAGAUCCAGCUUCAACUUCAAGGCGUCAGCAUCUUUCAUCAAAUUGUGCUUCUCAUCGGCUUGAGCCUAGUACUAAGCAUAACAUGGACAGCCUACACCAUUCUCUCUCCCUACCUGCGCGUCAAAGGAGAGCGGAUAUUCAAUGACAGAGGAAGAUCCGAGCUGCUCUGGACAGGCGCAAGAAAGCGCUUCCAGGCCGGGGCGCGAGAUCUCUUCAAGUCUGCAUUCGCGCAGCAUCCGGAUGCCUUCUAUAUAAUGACGGAUACAGACGUCGAAUUGAUCCUCAACUCCAAGUACGCGGCUGAAGUGCGCAAUGACAAGCGGUUCGAUAUAGGCAAGUAUAACGAAGAUAUGUUCCACGGGACGAUAGCGGGCUUUGAGAUGUUUGAGGACGAUCAUGUCCUGGAGCGGGUCUUUGUUGAGACUGUGAGGAAUAAGCUGACGAGGGCGAUUGGCAAGUUCGUCGAGCCCAUAUCCCAAGAAGCUGCCGACGGCCUGCAGAAGCAGUGGACCGACAAUACAGAGUGGCACGCCCUCCCUCUGCACCAAAGCAUCCUCCGCACAAUCUCCCAGCAAUCAUCUCGAGUCUUCCAAGGGUUCCCACUCUGCCGCAACCCAGACUGGCUGCGCAUUACGGUGAACCAUACGGUGACAUUCUUCGAAGCAGCCGAGUCGCUGAAAGUAUGGCCUCACCCUCUCCGGCCUCUUGCGGCCAAGUUCUUGCCUCUGUGUAGGAAGCUUCGUGCUGAGGCUGAGGAGGCGAGGGGUAUCAUUGCCCCUGUGCUGAAAGAGAGACGGGCUAGACGCGCACAACAAGCCCAAAAAUCCCCAGAGAAUAUUUCAGAGAAGGAGAAAAAAGAGGACGAGACCGAAGACGAGGAAACACCAGGCGACAUGAUCGAAUGGGCCGAACAAACAGCCAACGGCGCGCUAUACGACCCUGCGCUCCUGCAGAUGAAAGUCUCGCUUGCGUCUAUCCACACCACAUCUGACCUCGUCAGCCAGGCUAUUUUCAAUCUAUGCAGUCGGCCGGAGUUAGUAGAGGAUCUCCGCAAAGAGGUCAUCUCGGUGAUUGGCCAGCAAGGCUGGGUAAAGACGGCGAUAUAUCAGCUGAAAUUGAUGGAUAGUGUGUUGAAAGAGACGCAGCGUUUGAAGCCGAUUUCUAUUGGUACAAUGGUCCGCACCACAACCUCCCCUGUAACGUUCACCGACGGCCUGCAAGUCCCCCCAAACACCCGAACCCUAGUAUCCUGCCACAACAUGUGGACUGAUGCCGUGCACGCCAACGCCGCUGAAUUCGACGGGUACAGAUUCCUGAAGCUGCGGCAAAAGCCAGGCCAAGAAAACUGGACGCAGCUUGUAUCGACCAGUAACAACCACCUUGGUUUUGGACACGGGAUGCAUGCGUGCCCGGGGAGAUUCUUUGCGGCGACUACGGCUAAAGUGCUCCUUGCGCAUGUGGUGCUCAAGUAUGAUUUGAAGCUACUGGAUGAUCAGAAACCGGAUAUUAUUGAACAUGGGGCGGCGCAGUAUGCGAAUGUGUGGUGUGGCAUUGGCGUGAGGAGGAGGACGGAGGAGAUUGAUCUUGCUUGCCCAAUUGCUACUGUGUAA